GUCGCGGCGCGCGCGGUUCCGAGGGCGGCGGCGGCGGCGACUGAGGGGACGGCGGGCGCCAUGGACGGGGAGCCCUCCCGCAUCCCCGUGUACGGCGGCACACACCGCCCCGCGCCGCCCGCAGAAACACAAGUGACCUUUCCUUCAAAGAAAGGUCACUGCACCACCAAAGCAGCAGACCCAGAGUUCAACAAGGACCCCAACUUUAACUUUGGCUCAAACCUUCCAGCGGAUGGUGUCUUCAAGGCUGGGAACCAAGGGUUGCCGAAGUCUGCCAAGAAAGGGGAGCAGUUUUCCAGGAAGACGGCGACAAGGGGGGCUCUCAACAGAUACAAACUAGAAGCAGAGCUGAAAAGCAAGAAUCAGCAGUUGGAAACUGCCAAACAACAGCUACAUUCCAGACUGACAGGAGCACAGAGCACUAUCAAGGAGUUAAAGGAGAAGAAUGUCAGCCUGGGCCAAGAAGUUGAGAAGCUGAAGAAGUUUCAGGAGACUUGCAUGGUGAUUUUAGAGAGCAAGAACAUUGAUCCUGUUACGGGCAGGAACAUUCUGGAGCAGGAAGAGGAGACCCAGGAAUGCCAGAAACAGACAAUGCUGUUAACUGAGAAGCUCAUAGAAGAACUGAGGCUAUUUAACCAAACCUCUGGAAAAGAGAAUGAGGUGCUUCAGGCAGCGAUGGACAUGUGGAAAUCAGCAGAGGAGGAGAGCCAGUGGUCCCUGGAGAACCAUUCCUCCUUCCAAGCAGAAAUCAAGGAGCACACAGCUACACUCAAUGAGCUGGAGCACCUCCUGGCGAUGUGAGGCAUGAGGAUGGACUGGACUGGGGUUCUGGGGUUGUGUUUGCUGUUGUACCCCUAUUUCAGCGGUCCUGCCCCGUGCAGCCGCGGUGGCUGGAUUCCCGCGUGUCCCGGUGUGUCCCGUCGGUACUUUGCUCCAUUAAAGGUGCAGGACAGUC